CUCUGGGGAGGGUGGAGAGAAAGAGAACAAAGGAAAAGACAGAGAGUGCAACGUCAGUUCUUGAAGCCGUAGGGUUCCUUUGGGUUCUGUGGCAUUUUCAUUGAGAGGUAUCCUCUCUCUCUCAUCCCCAUCUCUCUCUCUCUUCUGUGAGCUCGAGAAGAAACUUGGGUCUUAUAGAAUACUUUUUUGUUCACAUCUGUGUAUGGCUAUGGUUGGAUUUUCUUGGUAUUAGCAAGAGCAUGUGUUUAUUGAGACAGGGAGGAGAGAAAAAGUACCUAAUGAGCUAGAGGUUGAUGCCAAACAAAGAGAGAUGGAAAAAGCCCAUCACAGAUGUGUGUCUGUGUGUGUAUUAUCGUCUGAGAAUCAAGAGAGAACACCAUAGCCAGCCUUGCUUGCACUUAAAUCGAAAAAAAGAGUGUCAUGUCCUUAUUUGUUCGCUUCACUUUCGCUAACUCCAUCUUCAUUAUUCAGUACAAGCUAGCUUUUAAUGCAUGUAGAGACUGGAAAAGAGCUGGAUUUAAUCUGUUUUUUCCUUCAGGAAUCUCAUGUAUACCUCAUUUUUUACUUCUCCUUUCAUUCUGGGAAAAGAAGCGACACCAAAAUCAUCAUCACCAUUCAUGCCCAAGAGUAGGGAAACCUCAGGGCUUCAAGAAUCACUGCAUGCCUGAGGGAAGAAGAUGAUGAAAGGCUUGAUAUUGCAUCAACAUCAACAGCAAUCAGGUGUUGAAGACAACAUGUCCAAUUUGACUUCAGCUGCUUCUGGCGAUGCCACCAGUGCUUCUUCAGGCAACAGACCCACUGAAUUAUCUGGUCCUAUUAAUAACUAUCCUCCUCAGCAAUAUAACUUUGCUCCACCACAACCUCCAACGACUCAGAUCACUCCCCAGCCUCUUCCAAAGAAAAAGAGAAACUUGCCAGGCAACCCAGACCCAGAUGCAGAAGUUAUAGCUCUAUCACCCAAGACUCUGAUGGCCACAAACAGGUUUGUCUGUGAGAUCUGCAACAAAGGGUUUCAGAGAGAUCAGAAUCUACAGCUCCAUAGAAGAGGGCACAACCUCCCAUGGAAACUCAAGCAGAGAGCAAACAAGGAGGUCAUAAGGAAGAAGGUGUACGUGUGCCCUGAGCCGAGCUGCGUCCACCAUGACCCAUUGAGGGCUCUUGGGGACUUGACUGGGAUCAAGAAGCACUUCUGCAGAAAACAUGGUGAGAAGAAGUGGAAGUGUGAGAAAUGCUCAAAAAGGUAUGCGGUUCAAUCAGAUUGGAAGGCUCACUCCAAGAUCUGUGGCACUAGAGAGUACAGAUGUGACUGUGGAACUCUUUUCUCAAGGAGGGACAGCUUCAUAACCCACAGAGCCUUCUGUGAUGCAUUGGCAGAAGAGAGUGCAAGAGCCAUGCCGAGCCCACUCGUCCUCUCCUCGGCUUCACAAAACUUGAGCUUGCCACCCCAAUUCAUCAACACCCAAAACAUCCCAUUCACUCUCAAGAAAGAAGAGCCACAGCACAACCCACAACAACACCACCACCACCACCAACAACAAAUUAGUAGUUUUGGGCUGAGGCAAGACCAAAUCCCACCAUGGCUGGCUUGUCCGCCACCUCCGCCCAUCGACCUCUCCUCCUCGUCCUCAUCGAUCUUCUCCACAAGGCUAGACCAAGAAUUCAGCCAAAGCUAUGAACCCCACCACUCAACUCAGCAGAACCCAAACCCUAGCCCUAACAAUCCCAGCCUUGUCCCAAUCUACCCCCAAGCAACACCCUCACCUUUCCCAAACAUGUCCGCAACUGCGCUCCUCCAAAAAGCGGCCCAGAUGGGCGCAACCAUGAGCAAGAGCAACGCUAGCUUCUCAUCCCCACUCAAUGGGGCUCACCAGCAGAAGCAACAGCAGCAACAAGAAGAACCAGCUCACGCGUACCCUACAUCCUCUACACCUCCUGAUCAACAACAUCCUGGUAGGAACAAUAGCAUCAAUGGCAGCAGCAGCGGAAGUGGUGGCUUUGGGCUGAGUUUGUCCUCACAUGAAGAGAUGGCAAGUGCUGGGUUUCACCAUCACCACCAUGUGCAGGGCUUGGUGGCUCCAUUUGGGAGCAACAGAGCCAUACAACACAUGCUGAUGACUCCUGGUAGUGGUGGUGGUUUUGAGGGAGCUUCUUCCUUUGAGGAUGCUUUUGAUGGGAUUCUCAGCAGCUCUUCCAAGAAAGAGAAUAAUGACAUCGAUACCGAUGGUAGUAAUAACCAGCAUGAGGCUUUGAAAGCCGCCACCCAAGGCAGCCUCCUUGCGCGGCGGCAAGAUGUCGGCGGCGGCAACAACGAAGGGUUGACGAGAGAUUUCUUGGGUCUGAGGCCACUCUCUCACAGCGACAUUUUGAGUAUCGCCGGUCUUGGAAACUGCAUGAGCACCACUUCUUCUCAAACUCAAGCUCCUCAAAAACCAUGGCAAGCUUAGGCUCUAUACAAAGAGGAAGAUUCUCUACAAACAUCAGUUUACUUUUUUUUUUUUUGUCAUCUUUUUCCCUUUUUUUUUUUAUGUUCUUUCAUAGUAUAUUUUAAAAUUUUCUGUUCAUCACCAUCAUCAUCUUCAGUCUCUUGCUACCAAAUCUUCUUCCCAAAGGGAAGAACCAAAAACUCAACACCCUUUAAUAUAUAUACUUCUCUUAUAAAUGGUCAUCAUAUCAUAUAAGAAGUCAUUUAUUUUU